UUUUCUAAUCGAGCGUAAAAAAAAUAUUAUAUCUUCUUAGGAAUUAAAUUUCCUUUACCAAUCGAAGGAGAAAACAUUAUAACGAUGUCGGAAGGGCAAGGGGAACCGAAUCAGAACAGAAAGGAGAGUGUGGCGAAUGCUAACAUACCAAGCGAUAGUCCUGUGACUGAUCCUGGCCAUGUGAGGACCGGUAAUGCCGAUGGGGCCGCCGGAAAAUUCGAGGGACAGCGCGGAAAGUCUGGAGCCUUAAAGAAGUCCGCCAGAUAUCGCAGCAGAUCUCUAUCAGCGUCAUCCGCCGACUCUUACAGCUCUACCUCAUAUACUGGGUCGUCAUCUGACGAGGAAGAAGGUGUACAGCCUCAUGAAAAGGCAAUAGCCGCCGGUCAACCCAACCCGCCUUACUGCGUACGUAAUGUAGAGCAGCACGCGUUCGGUAGGAGAGAGAUAGAGAUUGCAGAACAGGAGAUGCCGGGCAUCAUGGCGCUGCGGGCACGCGCUAAAGACGACAAGCCACUUAAGGAUGCGAAGAUAGUCGGAUGUACACACAUAAAUGCGCAGACAGCGGUCCUGAUAGAGACUCUGACGGCGCUCGGUGCGACUGUCCGCUGGGCCGCCUGCAACAUAUACAGUACACAGAACGAGGUCGCUGCUGCGCUCGCACAUGCUGGAUUUGCUAUAUUCGCGUGGCGCGGUCAGAGUGAGGAGGCUUUCUGGUGGUGCAUAGACCAGUGCUGCACACCCACUGCCGCCUGGCAACCCAAUAUGAUCCUGGACGACGGCGGAGAUGCCACUCAUCUCAUGCUCAAGAAACACGCACCCGCUUUCAAACAGAUCAAAGGUAUAGUGGAGGAGAGUGUGACGGGCGUGCACCGGCUGUACCAGCUGAGUAAAGCCGGGAAGCUGUGUGUUCCCGCUAUGAACGUCAACGAUUCCGUCACCAAGACUAAGUUUGACAACCUCUACUCGUGCCGGGAGAGUAUAAUAGAUGCAUUAAAGCGAAGCACAGAUAUAAUGUUUGGAGGUAAACAGUCUGUAGUGUGUGGAUAUGGCGAGGUCGGGAAGGGAUGCUGUCAGGCUCUCAAGGCGUUAGGAUGCGUGGUGUAUGUGACAGAAAUCGACCCGAUUUGUGCUCUGCAAGCUGCGAUGGACGGCUUCAGAGUCGUGAAGCUUACAGAGGUGAUAAGACAAGUUGACAUCGUGAUAACGGCGACUGGCAACAAGGGAGUGGUGACGCGCGACCACAUGGAGCGCAUGAAGAACGGCUGCGUGGUUUGCAACAUGGGACACAGCAAUACCGAGGUGGACGUGCACGCGCUGCGCACGCCCGACCUGCUGUGGGAGCGCGUACGCAGUCAGGUGGACCACAUAAUCUGGCCAAACGGGAAGCGCAUAGUGCUGCUAGCUGAGGGUCGAUUGGCCAAUCUCUGUUGCUCAUCUCUACCGUCAUUCGUGGUGUCGGUGACCGCGGCCACGCAAGCUCUCGCCCUUAUAGAGUUAUACAAUGCACCGCAGCAUAGGUAUAAGGCGGACGUAUACUUGUUACCAAAGAAAAUGGAUGAAUACGUAGCGAGCCUCCACUUGCCGACAUUCGACGCUCACUUGACGGAGCUGACGGAUGAGCAGGCGAAGUACCUGGGCCUGAACAAGGUGGGGCCCUUCAAGCCCAACUACUACAGGUACUAGCAGAGACGACGAACUCAUCGCAUCUCACGGCACUGAGGCUGGGCCUUCGACAAAAAUAGGGCAUUGUAAUUGGCUUUUUAAAGGAAAUGGAUGAAUGUGGAUGGAUGUAGAGGUAAGUGAGAAGUGAAUUCAGGAUGUAUGAAAGGGAAAGGCUUGAUGAAGGGAAGGGAUGAUAUGUUUUUGUACUUGUUUUGUAAUGGAAACUUAUGGUGGUGUUUAAAUUAUUGCAGGACAAAAAAACAGAUGUUUUAAAGUUAAAGUCUUAAAUAUGUUACAGUGCCCUGUUUUUUUAGUGCUUAGUGUACACAUAAUUGGUGUAGAAUUAAAAAAAAAGAGUAUUUUUAAAUCAGUUCCUUACGCCAUGGAAUCGAUUAAUAAUAUUAAGACUGUCGAUAAUAGUGAUGUGUUUAGUUGCAAUCGAUGUCGAUAAUCGAUUUUUGAUAUCAAUUAAUUUCAGAUUAAAAAUAUAUAUUUAUUUAU